CCUUCCUUCCACAUAUUUUUUCAGUGCUUAAAUCCAAUGUGUUUAGUUAUGAGUUUACCAGAUGAGAAAGAAAGUGAAACUACUCGUAUCUUAUCUGAGUUUAUGUGGUACAAUGUUCAGUGCCACUUCACUAUAUGCAAGACACGGAGAUACGAUUGCACCAAGAAGAGAUUUAUUAGAACUGGCUUUUAACAAAUGAGGAAUGCAUUCCCUGCAGUUGAAUCAAACCAUUCUUAUUUCUGACACAAGAUAAUGGGACCAUUCCUUGGCUGCUACCUAAUACUAACCUUGAUGUACAAUAAUUGGGGCUGUUGUGCAGAGGAAUGCCAUACUGUGAAGGCACGUCGAGACAAUAAAGUCGUGUCUGAGGGCAGAAGCUUGUUACUCUCAUGUGAUGUUCAGCACUGUGGCGUGAGCGGUUGGACUGGAGGAUGGGGAGUCCACAAGGAAGUCACUUUCAGCUUCUUACAAGCCUCAGCCAGGAUUCACAUUUACAACGAAAACUUGUCUAACAAUAGUACCCGCCUUAACAUCAACUUUAUUAGCACUAACAAAUCAGACAGUGGGGCAUAUCAGUGUCUCAUCAACUGGAGAGAAAACGGCAGCAGCAAUGGACAUGUAACAAUUGUUAAUGUCACCGAUGCCCACCCUAAUCUAGAGGAACAAUCUGAGAGGAGGAUUGUGUCUCUGAGAGUAUUUCUGUUAAUCUGCGCCUGCAUCUCGUUUCCUCUUGCCGUGGCACUGGUUCGUUGUCUGCAACGCCCAGUUUCUCCUGUGGUCCCACCUCGCUCAUACUUUGCCAAUGGACAGAUGGACAGGCCACGUGAGCCAAUGUAUGCAGUGCUGGGCCUGGAGAACGUGAGGCACCAAAGGCCUCAGCAGCAAAUACAAGGAUCACCUGUCAUGUACUCUUCCAUACGCCUGUAGCAGCCUGUUCGAGUGCAGGGAAAAAUCCAUAUCCAAAGCGAGCUACAAAAACAUUUCUACAGUGGGUUAGGAGAUCCAGUGAGAGCAAGCUCUACAAGCAAAUUGUUGUCAACCUGACAAGUACUGACAUCUGGGAAGAGAUGGGUCUUCAAAAGCGUUUUGAAGAUGGAUAAGGUUGCCUCUGACAGCAUUUAGUAUAGCUUGUUCCACCAUAGAGGGACCAUGAAUGAGAAAAAGGCCGAACUCUGUCCUGAGUGAAGGUGCCGUGAUGCAGGCAUCAUUCUUUGGAGGAGCACAGUCUAUGAAAUGGCAGAAAAAACCCAUAAACACCACCUUUUUGGUUGAUCAGAAACCAGACACGUUGACAAAUAUUAGCAUGUGACGCAACAUGUCGUAACUUGCACCAGAACCAGUGGCAAACUGAUUAAACAUACUUUCACUUUCAGGACAUACGAGCAGUACUUGAAUUUCCCCUGGGGAUCAAUAAAGUAUCUAUCU